GCGUGACGUGGCUGGAUGUGGCGCCGGAUCCGGGAUCCACUCCGGGUUCGCGGUCCCCCCACAUUGCCGGGAUCCGGCCCGCUUCGUGCGGUCUCUCCGGCCUUUUCCGCCACCUGUGAUCCGGGCGGGGCUCCCGGCGCCGCCUCCUCCUCCCCGUCCCCGCAGCGUCUGUCUCUCCCUCCCCCCGCUCCCGGGGCCCGGAGCACGAUGGCGGCGAACCGAGAGCGGAGCGUGGAGGAUGGAUUACACCUGAAUAAUUCCCUCAGCUCUCCAGAGUCAGAAGAUUUUCCGCGUUUGACUGUUCCUUUUGGUGGGACCAUAAAGGGAGGAAUGAGACCUGGGAAGAAGAUCGUGGUGAUGGGAAUAGUGGAUCCCAACCCUACCAGCUUUGAGAUCAGCCUGUGCUGUGGAGAUUCGGAUGUAUCACCAGCUGAUGUUGCCGUCGAACUCCAGGCAAGAUUUUCUGAUCAGCAGUUUGUCCGAAAUGCUUUUGUCUCUGGAGAAUGGGGAGAGGAGGAGACUUCAAUUCCAUAUUUCCCCUUCAUCCCAGACCAGCCAUUUAGGCUGGAGAUGCACUGCGAGUACCAGCGAUUCCGUAUAUUUGUCGAUGGGCACCAGCUCUUUGAUUUUCACCAUCGUGUCUCUGACUUGUCAGGAAUUGAUAAGAUAAAAAUCUUUGGUGAUUUGCAGCUGACCAAACUGGGUUAGGAUAUUUUUGGGAUUGUCGGAAGGAACUGUGACGUUUUGUAUCAAUUGGUCAAACUCUUGCCGUCACACUAUGGCAGUGCCAGCUGGGUCUGCGCUGCCUCGGUGCUAGGCUCCAUUAUCUACUGUUCCAGAGGAAACAUGGAACCAUUGUUCAGGCGUUGGCAGUGUAACUGAUUCGGGGAAUUGUCCACUUGGGGUAGAAAUUAGGGGAAGCACUCAGGACGGGAGUAAAUUCCAAUUUAUGACAGCGCUGAGACUGCCAGCAUAAUGUAUUCUGAUUGUUCUGCGUGUGGGGCAACUACACAAAGGGGUGGGGUGGGAGCAUAACGGUGUUGAAUGGAGUAAUUUUUGUGUUGUUUAUACCAUGCACUACAGCCUCUGCACUGAAAUGACAGCACAACUCAUUAACAAGUAUAUAUUUUAAAAAAAGGGAUGUAACUAAUCAGGGUAUUGUCUGGACUGUAAAUAGGUUUUGUAGAAUGUAACAUGAAUGGUGUGGUUUGUGUUAUAUACAACACUGGAUACUUAUUUAUAUUCAUCAUUUCUUUUAGUCUUAAAGAAGCAUUAACCAUUGGAAUGUUAGCAAAUGAUUGUAUUAGAUAGUUAAUCUAGUUAGAAUCUGUAAAUUACAGAUAUAUUUCUCGAUACUCAUAACUUAUUAAUAACUUUAUUGAUUGGAAGCAAUGAAACAGGUGUUCCUAUCAAUAAUAAUUUCUAAAAUAUAACUGCAUAAUCUGUAAUGUUGGUCAUAAAUAUCUUAUUUCUGGGAAAUAUCAUGUAGUUUCUGCUUCAAUAUGUUUUAAAUUAAUCUGCUAAACUGAGCUUUUUCUUAGAGCGAUUGGUAUCAGCAGGAACUGCGUUUUCUAUUGGUUAGUGUAAUUUACAUAAUGUUUCACAAAAUUAAAGUUUCU